AUGGAUUGGUGGCAAAGGAGGAAGAGAAAUAAGAAGCUACUACUAAUGAGACGGGCAAAGUUGUUAGAAGAGUUGAUAAAAUGUUGCGAUGGCAAAUCCAAUCCCAUAAAAUUUUUCUCUGCUGAUGAGAUUAUCAAAGCCACAGACAGUUUCAGCAGGUUUAAUCGUCUUUACGAGUUCAACAGUUUCAAUGAUUUGGUUUUUCUCAAUCCUCCUGUCAACUUUGACUGCCAAUGGUAUUCAGGUAAAAACCAGAGCCAACACAAAAUACUCGUCAAGAAACUUUAUAUAUACGGAGAUGAAAAUAUGAUAUGCAGGGACAUAGCUGUAUCAUCAAUGGUGAGUGGUCACAAAAGCUUUUUAAAAUUGGUUGGAUGUUGUCUCGAGUCUGAAAAUCCGGUUAUGGUUUAUAGUGAUGUUAAGAAACAUAACAAGUUGGAUAUAAGUAAAGAGACAUGGAAAAGGAGAAUGAAGAUAGCUGAGGAUAUCGCCAUUGGUUUAGCUUACCUUCACACCGCGUUCCCAAGGCCAUUUGUGUAUAGGUGUAUGCGUCUUGAGAAUAUCUUUGUGGAUGAAGAUGGUGUCGCGAAGCUGACUGAUUUCUCUCUUUGCGUCUCAAUUCCACAAGGAGAAACAUUUGUUCAGGUUGAUGAUAGUCUAGUAGAGUUAUAUUAUUACGCAGACUUUAAUAGUUACCCGAAAAGUAGCGUCAUCUCGGAGAAAACAGAUGUGUUUGCCUUUGGAAUUCUGAUAUUGCAACGCCUUCUUAUUGGAAGAGAAGGAUCUUGGCAGAUUUGGAUAGAAGCCAAUAAAAAAGGUUACAGUGAAAGAAAUGUUGAUGAUGACUCUCAUCAGUUUUGGCUGUCGAAAUUUCCGAGGGGGGAACGAAGAAUGGAAGAGAUCGCAGAUCAAGAUAUGCUAGAUAAGAUGGUGGCUGAUGUUUCAGAAGAAGAGCGUUGUCAAAUGAAAGCUUUCCUAAGGCUCUCACUGAGAUGCGUAGGUCAUGAAGGGGAAAUUCCAACGAUGGUGGAAGUUGCCAAAGAACUAAAGAAGAUGCAAAAGAUCUUUUAG